UUUCACACUGUAAAUGACUCUCUCUCGAGUCUCUCCAGCCUUUAUCAGCCCCAUCAUCGUUACUAGUUCUGACACUUGUUGCCUACUUGCUCCUGUUUUGUCUCCUUCUGUGUGAUUGUUUUGACAGUUGACAAGCACAGGUCUUUGUGAAGGUGAACAGGCCGACAACCCAGGAACAGUAGGCAACAUGGAGUCUAUCUCGCCGGUUUUUUCAGCCGCCACCCAAAAAGAAAGCUGCUACUCCCCACCAUGGACGGACCUCAGUAUUAUAGGGAUCGCUGGCAGUUCCGGCUCUGGUAAAACCUCCGUGGCAAUGGAAAUUGUGAAGUCCUUAAACCUGCCGUGGGUAGUCAUUCUUGUAAUGGAUUCAUUCUACAAGAGUUUGUCUCCCGAACAACAUGCCAAAGCACAUGCGAAUGAAUUUGAUUUUGAUUCGCCGGAUGCUAUCGAUUUUGAUGCAUUGGUGCAGACACUAAGAGAUCUUAAGCAAGGAAAGAAGGUAGAAAUUCCAGUCUAUUCUUUCGCUCAUCAUCAACGUCAGGCCCAUACGAGUCCUCUUUACUCUCCUCAUGUUAUCAUCUUGGAGGGUAUUCUCGCAUUACAUGAUCCGAGGAUCAUGGACCUUCUAGAUGUCAAAAUUUUUGUAGAGGCAGACAUGGAUGUCUGUUUGGGACGUCGAAUUCUCCGCGAUGUUCGGGAGAGAGGGAGAGAUAUCGACGGAAUCGUCAAGCAGUGGUUUACCUUUGUCAAGCCGUCAUAUAAAAGAUACGUUGAACCCCAAAGGGCCGUCUCAGAUAUCAUUAUCCCCCGUGGAAUUGAAAAUAAAACUGCCAUUGGCAUGGUGGUGCAACACAUCCAGCAUAAACUAGAGGAAAAGUCUGAGAAGCAUAGUGCAGCUCUCCAUCAACUAGGGCUUCUCGCCUCGGAGGAACAGUUAUCGUCCAACGUUGUGAUCAUGCCAGAAACACCACAGUUUAUCGGAAUGAACACAAUUUUGCAAGAUCCAGAAACGGAGCAGGUCGAUUUUGUGUUUUACUUUGACCGACUGGCUGCUUUGCUGAUAGAGAAGGCUCUUGACAGCACCUCGUACACUCCGAGGGAGGUAGAAACACCCCAACACACGACAUAUCAUGGACUGAGCCAGCAAGGCACGGUAUCCGCUGUUGCUAUUCUACGAGGAGGGUCUUGCCUUGAAACCGCUCUCAAGCGAACCAUUCCAGAUUGCAUUACUGGACGCGUGCUGAUUCAGACCAACGAGCGUAAUCAAGAACCAGAAUUACAUUAUCUCAAAUUGCCGCCGGGAAUCGAAAAUCAUACCACAGUAAUGCUUCUUGAUCCUCAAAUGUCAAGUGGAGGAGCCGCGUUAAUGGCAGUCCGUGUCUUGAUUGACCACGGUGUUGAGGAGUCGAGAAUUGUCUUUGUGACCUGUGCUGCAGCCGAUCCUAGAUUCACAAAUAUCCAAACCAAUCCUCGCUAUCGUCUUCCUAGCAAGCGCCACACACACGUGAAACUCGACAAACGUUUCUCGCAUAUCUUGCACGAUAAAGAUUUCUCGAGGAAUGCUGCGGUGGAUCGCUACGGGCGGAAGCUCGCCCGUGAUGAUACGAAGAAGCACCUGGAGCGGUUCUAUCGACUCGAGGAAGAGGAAGAAGAAGAAGAAGAAGAAGAAGAAAAAGAAGAAGAAGAUGAUGAUAUCAGCAUUGACGAUGAUGAAGUCGUUCUUAAGGAGUUGAGAAAGGCGGAUCGCAAAGAUUACGAUCCUGCGCGCGAUGGAGGCUUCUCGUCGUCAUCGUCUUCCGAGGAGGAGUCAAGCGAGGAAGAGGACGAAGAGGAUGACGACGACGACGACGACGACGAAGAGAAGUUGCGUGGCGAGGAUGAGGAACUGGAAUUCCCUGAUAAGCAGCAAGUGGAUGUACCCGUUGGAGAGGUGACGGAUCGAAUCGCCGUGGUUAAUCUUGACUGGGACAAUAUCCGAGCGGAGGAUUUGAUGGCUGUGUUUUCCAGCUUUACACCCAUUGGGGGUCGCGUUCUGAAGGUUGCGGUUUAUCCUAGCGAGUUUGGAAAGGAGAGAAUGGAGAAGGAGGAAACGGAGGGCCCACCAAAGGAGAUUUUUGCGGCGAAAAUGGAAUCCGAGUUUGACGAGGAAGAUGACGAGGAGCUGGAUUCCGAGGAGGAGGAAGAGAAAAUUAAGAAAUCGAUCCUUAAGGAAGACAAGGGCGAGGAAUUCAACUCUACACAGCUCCGGAAGUACCAACUCGACCGAUUACGCUAUUUCUAUGCGAUUCUGACCUUCUCCUCGAAGGAGGCUGCGAAGCAAGUCUACGACAAAGUGGACGGCGCCGAGUAUCUAUCUAGCGCCAACUUCUUCGACCUUCGGUUUGUGCCAGAUGAGACGGAUUUCUCGGACGACCGACCGCGCGAUGAAUGCGAGCGGAUUCCAGACGGGUACCAGCCGAAUGAAUUUGUCACCGACGCCCUUCAGCACAGCAAGGUGAAACUGACGUGGGAUAUGGAGGAUAAGUCGCGCAAGGAAGCUCAGGCUCGGGCUUUCCGAGGUAGUCGGAAGGAUAUUGACGAGAAUGACCUGAAGGCUUACUUGGCCAGUGACAGCUCGGAUGAUGAGGAAGAGGGAGGCGUGGAUAUCGGUAUUGGAACCCAGGGAGAGGGCUCCAAGGUCUCCAAGAAGGACGACGAAAGGCAAAGGAUGCGGGCACUCCUCGGCCUGGGGGCGCAACCAUCCAAAGAAUCCAAGUCCUCCGAUGGACCUGUCGGCGAAAUGGAGGUUACCUUCACAUCCGGCCUGGCUGGCGGUCCUAACCGCGACACCGUCUUCGAAAACGACCCGGAGGAGAACACGAUCGAGAAGUAUCUGCGCAAAGAGCGCGAGAGGAAGAAGCGAAGAAAGGACAAACUCAAGGGUAAACCGGAUGAAACGGCGGACGAGCAGGAGGGCAGCGCUGCAGAGCCCGAGCAGCCACAAGAGGCAGAGGAGGACCUUGGUUUCAAUGACCCGUUCUUCGAUGAUCCUACUGGUAAGGCGACGGCCGCGGCUCGACGCAAGGACGAGAAACGCAAGAAGCGCGCUGAGCGGGAAGCGGAAGAAGCCGUCGCAGCAAGCCAACGAGCAGAACUGGAGCUCCUGAUGAUGGACGAUGACCGCAAGGCCGGAAUGAAGCACUUUGAUAUGAAUGAGAUUGACAAAGCCGAGAAGCAAGCCCGAAAGAAGAAGAAGAAGACGACGACGAAGGGCAAGCGUACGGAGAAGGCUGCGGCCCAAGUCGAGGAUGAUUUCGAGCUGAAUGUUACCGACUCUCGCUUUGCUCGACUGUUCCAGAACCACGAAUUCGCGAUCGAUCCCACCAAUCCUCGAUUCAAGGCGACGUCGGGUAUGAAGGCCCUGCUAGAGGAAGGGCGGAAACGACGCCGGGAUCGGGAUGAGCGAGGAGAUGAAGAGGACCACAGACGCGAGUCUAAGAAGCAGAAACACAAGCUGCAGAAGGGAGCGUCUCGGGAUGAUGAUACUAAUGAGACGACGGAAGAACUUCGGAAGCUGGUGGAAAAGGUGAAGCGCAAGACGCAAAAGGCGUAAGUUAAUGUGAUUUAAACCAGUCCCUACCAAGUAUACCAUUAUGAUUUGGAUUUAAUAGGAAUAUAUUAGUUAGUAGGCGUAUAUGACUGAUACUAUCCAGACUUGUCUAUGGGCGAUGGGGGGAUCAAAAAUCAUUCACACCAGGGAGAUUCCCCAAUAAUCAGAAUACCGUGAGUUACUUAGGUACUGUACUACCUCUAGGAUCCAUGAAGCCACCUAAGAAACUAUAUUUCUAUCCUAUUCCGA